AUGUCUCACGGGGCCCGGGUGAUCCGGACUGGCGCCAGCAGCGGGGGCCCCGGCAGCUCCUCCUGCCCGCCGCCCCCGGGGCCGGAGCCCGGGCUGCUGGACGGCGGCUACACCCGCUCCUGCUCGGCCAUGCUGAAGGUCGCCCAGAUGAUAUCACUGUUGAUUGGAUUCAUCUGUGUAAAGAAUUCAGCGUGGACAAAUUACAGUGCAUCCAUCUACUUUGAAAUUGUCACCAUGUGUGACUUGAUUAUGAUUCUUGUCUUUUAUUUUGUCUACCUUUUCAGAGCGUACCGAAUGCUCACCUGUAUUAGUUGGCCACUUGCGGAACUUCUCCAUUAUUUAAUUGGUACGCUCCUGCUUCUCAUUGCCUGUAUUGUGGCAACGUCGAAGAGCUAUAAUUCAGCAGGACUCGUAGCUGGAGUGACGUUUGGUUUCUUAGCUACAUUCCUUUGCGCUUUGAGCAUAUGGUUAUCCUACAAGAUCUCAUGUAUUACUCAGUCAACAGAUGCAGCUGUAUGACUGUUUGGCCACUGCAAGAUGUUUGUGCCUUUCUAAAAGGGAUAUCAAAGAAGAGGGUCCACCAUGUGCCAUGAGGAGAGAGUUGACAUUUGUGUGAUUGGAUUAUAUACAGUAGAUUUGAAGAUUUACUUGAACAUCUUAUGCAAAGAGAGAAACAACCAACGUUGGAAUCAAAGAAUUUGGUGUCAAAACUGUUUGAUGGAGAAAUUGUUUUUUCUGAGCUUUAGAGAAGUGCUCUUUCUGUCUCAUGAGCUGGUCUGUGGCUCCCAGUUACGUGCAGUGAGAAUAUUCAAACCUCCUUUGGAGAGUUGUUUAAUUAGGAUUUGUAUAAUUUUAAAGAUGGAAAGAUUAAUUCUGAUUUCCUCCAUGCAUUUGCAGAAGGGAAAUUCUGCAAAUUCACCUUUGAUUAUUAAUCUUCAAGGAUAAUUCCUUUAACAAAGCAACUCUUGCACACCAGUCUGUGCCUGGGAAACUUGCCUUAAGCUCUCUUUUACUUUCUCUUUCAUUGUCAUUGAUAUUUUUACAGCUGUUUGGCCAGCAUCAGAAAAUACUUUUUCAGGAACUAUGUCUUGGACAACUCACUGUGAAUGCUCCCUUCUAAUCGCAAAUGUAAACUGAGUUUUCUAGAUGCCAAAAUAAUUAAUUCUGUUCCUACAUUUUUAAUAUACGAUCAUUUAUAACCCCCCUGAAAACUCUUUUCUCUGUACUGUACAAUAGGUAUGGAAGAACAUAUGCUUAGUGGUGCACUAAGUCUGUUGCUUUCCUCCUCAUAUAUAUGUAUUUGCAUAUUUUCAUUCUCUCUGUUCCACAGAAAUAACCCAUGGAGAGGGAAACUCUUGAGUUUCCCAGAAAUUAUUCUCUCGUGAGGGAGUGUGUGUGCGCGUGCCUAUGUGCAUUUCCCCUAGAGUAGAACCAUCUGGCUCCUCCUACUUAACCUACAAUCUGUAUGGAUGCCCCUUACCUUUGCUCUGUUAGAGCUGUUCUUUCAGGGACACUGUGUCUAGUGUGGCCGUUCCUGGAUUCCUCCUAAAGUGCGGUUUCAGAGCAGGAAGAGGGAAACGGUGUCAGCUAAUGCAACCUAAUUAUCUUUUUCUAUCCCCCUCUGCAGUUCUGGAGAUGAGCAAAUUCAGAGCUCCCCUACCCUGCCCUUUUCCUAAUCUGUCGCCGCAGAGCCAGAAACUCCCAGAGCCCUUUUCAAGAAAAGGGGAAGUGUGGCAGAGCUCUCCUGUUCCCGAGUUUGUAAAUGAAAUUGUGACUGAUCUAAUUUUGAUAUUUGUAUUAGAAAAUUAUUCUAGUGUAAAUCUGGCUCAUGAAACAGCCAGGGGUAAAUGUGCCUUAAAUGUUACAGAUUUUUAACAACAUCCCAUUCUGGCCUGUCUUUGUGCCUUACAGCUGGGUCUGGUAUUUGUUCUGUUCACUGCAGAUAGGAUGUCUUUUUUAAAUUGUGUGAAUUUAAUGCUCAGGAAUAGUGCUGCUGCUCAGGAGAACAUAAUCCCCUAUUUAUCUACAACCCCCAGGUAGGAAGGGCACAUGCUUCCUUGCUGUGCCCUGCCAGUCUACCUCAGCCAUGACUGGGCAGGUCUGAGAGGAAUUCAUUCUCUGUGCCUGCUCUGCUGAAAAUGCCAACACCAGGGCUGAUGCUCUGUGUGAUGAUACUCGUUCCCUGACUAAGCCCCUCUGAGUAAUUUUACUUUUGGUGGCUGGUCACUGAACAUGAUUUGGAUUAGGGCCUCAGAGGUUUAAGGACAGAUUUCUUCCAGGCCCAGAAGAUGAGUAUGUAAUAGUAGUGGUAUACAUUCCCCUCCUGUCAAGGGAAUGUUCACUCAGUUACUGUGACAUUCCCCAGGCCCUCUCUCUCACCCAGCCACAUGGAAAUGGACUUCUGACACAGCAAAGCCAGCUACACGCUGUCCUACAUAUGCAGCUUCCACAUCCUCACUGACCAUAGUAGCCAAGCAGAAUAGCCUGAAGGCAAGCAGCAAUUAGCCAAGAGUUCUAACAAGAAGCUGAGAUCUCUCAGAACAAAGAAGGUUCCCACAGCUCUCAGUCUAUUCAGACAGCUUUCCUCCAUACUGCAAUCGUGUCACUGAUCCCUGUGCUGCAUUUCCAUUGGUGACACCUCCCCCUGCCACAAGUUGAAAAAAUCCCCAACUAGGAGUUCAAUGCACCCUAAAGGCCAUAGCAUUGCUGGAUAUCAUUCUGUGAUGGAUUGAAAUGUGUUUUCUGGAGAACUAAUGGAAACUCACCCUUUGGCUUGCAUCUGUAUGCAGAACAAAAUGCUGUGAAUUUGCUGUAUAAUAUUGAAUACAAGUGUUUAAAAAUGAA